AUAAAUAGCAGGGUAUGGGCAAGGUUUUUAUAAUGAGAAAUAAGAGAGAGAUGGAGUGGAGGUCAUGUUAUUUGGACAUGAUUUUGGUGCCACUUAGUUUUUUGACCAUCAUAUUUUAUCAUUGUUGGUUAUGGCAUAAGGUUAAAACUCAGCCCCUCUCUACCAUCUUUGGAACUAAUGCUAGCGGACGUCGCUUCUGGGUUUCUGACAUGAUUAAGGACAACGAAAAAAAGAACAUCGUGGCAGUCCAAACCCUUCGAAACACAAUUAUGGGAUCGACCCUGAUGGCCACAACCUCCAUCCUUUUGAGUGCUGGUCUAGCAGCGGUUAUCAGCAGCACAUACAGCGUGAAAAAGCCGCUCAACGAUUCCAUAUUCGGGGCUCACGGAGAACUUAUGGUGUCACUCAAAUAUGUCACCAUCUUAUGCAUUUUCCUUUUCUCAUUCUUCUGCCACUCUUCAUCCAUCAGGUUCCUAAACCAAGUGGGCAUCCUUAUCACCUCUCCCCCACACCCCUCCUCCUCUGUCACUCCUCACUACGUUUGGGAGCUGCUGGAAAAAGGAUUCCUCUUGAACACCGUGGGCAACAGGCUUUUCUACUCUGCGCUUCCUCUUAUGCUUUGGAUCUUUGGCCCACUGCUUGCUUUCUUGUGCUCCCUCACUAUGGUUCCUGUGCUUUACAACCUUGACUUUGUAUUUGGGUUUAACAAGCAGCUGGCUCUGGGGAAGGAUUUUCAACACAAUGGAUGCAGGGACUGUGAGUCUGUGUAAUCAUCAUAUCAUCUAUACAUAUAGUGGCCCCAGGUGUGGCGUGUGCAGUUGUUGUAUUAACACAGUCCAAUGAAUAAUAUGAUUUAUAUAUGGUGUCUUAUCAAUCAUUUACUAAA